CCGGCAGGCCGUGACGCACCGCUGCGGCGAGAUGGAGGGAAACUCUAGAGGAAGAGAGCCGGUGCUGCAGGCUGAACGCGUUCUGAUUCGUUUUAUGGCGCAUUAUUGGAUGUUUGGUGAUAGAGUUUUAGCUUUAGAGGGACGGGGGAUGCGCGUUAUCGUCCGGGAGGAAGAGAGGGAGCGCCGCGCACCGUUCUGCUGCUGCGCCGCUCCUCAUCCCGUGUGACGCGCUGAUAUGGAAGAGAGAAGUGAAAGUGCGGCAGCUGGUCGGCUGGUGCAGCCUGCUCGGCUUAUAAAUAGCCCAGAACAUCGGCCACUCGUGAACAGUUUCUGAUUUUGCGGCUGAAUCCGGAGAGAUUUCCUGCACGCAAGUCGAGCCCAUUUCCUUUUCACAUGGCGGUGACGCAAGUUGGCAGCAACUUGACAGGGAAGCUGAGGGAGGCGAACAUGAAGGCUGACUUGGAGGCGCCUCUGCCUGCUGGACAGGAGGAUUUGGCCAUCCAGUGCCGAGACGUGUGCCGGUCGUACGGCAAACUGAAGGUCCUCAGCAACCUGAACCUGGCGGUGCCGCAGGGACACAUUUAUGGCCUGUUGGGGCCCAGUGGAUGUGGAAAAACCACACUCCUGAAAUGCAUUGUGGGAACCCUGAAGAUCUCGCGGGGUCACAUCACCGUGUUGGGGAAGCCGCCUGCGUUUCCUGGUCACGACGUCCCGGGGAGGAAGGUCGGAUACAUGCCGCAGGAUCUGGCGCUGUACAACGAGUUCACCAUCAGCGACACUCUGACUUUCUUCGGUCGGAUUCACGGCCUGACGUCUAAGGAAACCCAGGCUCGUAUGAACUUCCUCAUCGAAUUCCUGGAUCUACCUCAGAAGCACAGCCUGGUCCGAAAUCUCAGCGGAGGUCAGCGGAGGAGGGUGUCCCUGGGAGCCGCUCUGCUGCAGAAUCCAGAGCUGCUCAUCCUGGACGAGCCCACGGUCGGAGUCGACCCUGUUCUCAGGGCAAAGAUCUGGCAGCAUCUGGUGGAGAUUGUGAAGACGGGGAAAGUGUCCGUUAUCAUCACCACGCACUACAUAGAGGAGGCCAGGCAAGCCAAUGUGGUCGGUCUCAUGAGAAAUGGUUGUUUGCUGGCUGAAGGUCCUCCAGAGGCCGUCAUGAAGCAGCACAGCGCUACAACCCUGGAACGAGCCUUCCUGCAGCUGUGCCAGACGUCGGACCAGAUCAGCUCCAAACGAGGAUCCAGUCCUCAGGGUGAACAGUUAGAAAACAGCCAAUCAUUCGAGUCCGGCCGAGAUGAGAGCCAACCGAUCCUAGCAGUCGGACUGGCAGCUAAAGAUGAAAUUCCCAAAUAUACAGCCGACUGGAAGGUUCGAGCCAGACAUCUGCUGCCGAAGUGGAGAAACAUCGCUGCCCUGAUGAUUAAAACUCUGGUGCGGAUGAAGAGGAUGCCGUUCUCGUUGUGUUUCCAGUUCCUGCUGCCGGUCAUCCAGAUCUCUCUGAUCUGUUUGUGUGUCGGAGGAGAUCCGAACGGGAUCCAUGUCGCCGUGGUGAACAACGAGACCGCCCCCUCCUCGUUCAGCCAAUCACUGCUCUCCUUCCUGGACAACUCCAGCGUUCACCAGGUUCCCUUGUCCCACAAAGAGGCUUUUGAAGGGAUCUACAAUGGAGAAUAUUGGGGUGUCAUCGGCUUUGGCAAGAACUUCACCAGCUACCUGACCAAACGGUUGCUCUAUCGGCAGGUUUCCAGAGACGUGGUGGACGGAGGAUCGGUUCACGUCUGGCUGGACUUCACCAAUCGACAGAUUGCCUUGAUGCUGCAGAAGAAACUCCACGAAGCGUUUCAGGCGUUUGUGGAUCAUCAGUGGAGCAGCAUGUCGUACCUGACCGCCCUGCCCAUAAAGUUUGAGGAGCCAGUUUACGGCAGCCAGAACACUGACUUCACUACGUUUGUGACGCCUGGAGCUGUUCUCAGCAUCACCUUCUACCUGGCCGUGGGUCUGACGGCGCUUUCCUUUGUCCUGGAGAGGAAAGAAGGACUUCUGGACAGAUGCUGGGUGGCAGGUGUGAGCUCUCUGGAGACGAUGCUGGCUCACCUCUUCUCUCAGCUGUUCGUCAUCAGCGUUCAGAUCAUCCUGCUGCUGCUCUUCAUCCUCCUCGUCUUCAAGAUGCCUAACGAAGGCUCCUUGGUUCUGGUCAUAAUCCUGAUCGUGCUGCAGGGCGUCACCGGCAUCUCGUUCGGCCUCGUCAUCUCGUCCGCCAUCGACGACGAGCAGAACGCCAACCAGGCCGCCCUGGGCAUCUUCUACCCCAACCUCAUCCUCAGCGGUAUCAUCUGGCCGGUGGAGUGUAUCCCUUAUCCUCUCCGCUACCUCAGCCUGGCUCUUCCUCAGACCUACGCCUCUGAAGCCCUCCGCUGUAUCAUGUACAGAGGCUGGGGUCUGUCUCAGAUGAUGGUGUGGCGAGGCUUCGUCGUCACUCUGGGAUGGAACACUUUCUUCCUCAUCCUGGCGACGGUCAUCCUGAAGCUGAGGACGUGACGACCUCACUAGAGAUCAUCCUGGAAGAGCCGACAGGUGAAGCCCCGCGGUCGUGCCUCACCUGGGGCACCAGAAAACAGAAGGAAAAUGGGAGCGGGGGGCAUUACUGUGGUUUAAUGGACCAGCAAGUGGAUGCAUCAGACUCCCUCCUCCACAUUUCAAACACACUCGCAAACACACAAUCCAGCUGCCUAGCUGAUCCUGGAACAGUUGCUUUGGCCUCUUUAAAAGUGGGUUUAAACUCAAGCUGCUGCACGUAGAAGUUGACAACGUGCACAGUAUUUGAAUAUGUGUUAAAUAGUGAAGAUAGCUGUCGUCUGUCGGCUUGUUUCACUUCUACGUGCAGCUUCUUGAAUGGCCGACUCAGGGUCACUGUUUAAAGUUUCUGUUUACCCUUAGUCUUAAUGCUGAUAGAGAGAUUUUUCUGUUUUGUUUGACGAUAAGUUGAGCCUGAGCCGUUCCUUUUGGGGGGGAAAUGAGGAAAAAAUCACGGUGAACAUACUGACUGUAAAUGUAGGACGUACAGCAUUCACAACCUACAUUUUUGAGAAAAUAUAUGUAGAUUUUACAUUAAAACUAAGAGUCUUAGCACAAAUAAAGGCAUUUGUCCUCAAGAAAAUGUGAAAACGGAGAUGAGGAUUGAUGUCGUGGGACUGGAUUUUAAAGAUUGCUUCAUGCUGCCCAGAAGAUCCUCCGUCAUUCCCAGCUGCUCGCUCGUCAGGUUUCUGUUCGACAUCCUGUCUGGUUUUGGCAGGAAGACGCAGCCGUGUCGCUCACGCAGAUGUGUCACGCACGCCGUCACCGUUUCAGGUUGACUGUGUUCUCUAGAAGUCGUGUUUUGUGCCUGGUUGGUGAUGGGAACAGAUCGGUACUGUAUCGUUUAUUUUUGCUGCUCUCUACUUUGCUGGACAGAGUGGAGGCCGUUGGAUUUAUUUCCUCUCACAGUUCAGGUGUGUCUGCUUCCAUAUAAUUCUGUUGUUUUUUUUUUACACCAAACUGCUCCAACUUUAUACUUUGUUUCGGAACCUUCCUCUAACGAUGAGAAUAAAAGCACACAGGAGGAGUGAUGUUUGGUUUCAGCAUGUCAUGGAGAUGGUGUCGGCACUGUGGGGGAUUGGAAGAAAAAUCCAGAAAAAUUUAAUCAAAUGUAGACUUUUCUUCCUUUUUAUGUACAAAUAAUCUGUAGUGAAGAAGGCUACACUUUCAAAUCUCUCUUCAAGGUGCUUUUAUGUGUAUUUUUUUUGUAGUUUUUUUUUAAAUUACAACACAGUCCAUCUUUAAAUUGUUAGAAAUGGGUAUGUUUUGUGUUCUGCUUUUUGCAUUUUGUAUAAACAAGCAUGAAACAAUAUAUAAAAGUGAGACAUUUUAAUUUGGAACUGCUAAAGUAAUCAGAUUAUUAGUAAAAAACUAUUCUCUGUUCUUAAUGAUAAUAUCGUUUAUUUUGCUGCUGUUUCUCUGCCGUGACCACAUGUUGUCCAUCCUGCUUUUAAAGGAAUAGUUUGACAUUUUUGUGGUAAAAAAUGCGUUUAAUUGGUGCUACAUUCUGCAUAGAAUACAAUCAUUAGCGAGUUAGCUUAGCAUAAAGACUGGAAACAAAUUCUAUAUUUAAUGUUUUAUUGGUAUAGAAGCCUAACUUAAAUGUUAUGGUAUAGCCAAAAAAUAUUUGCAUUUUCACCUGUUUGUUUGGAUUAAACUCAUUCAGUUGCAUUAACACCUCUCAUUUCACUCAGAAAGACAGAAACUGAGCAUAUUUCUGGAACUGUUUCUUUAAAAGUGAGGCCCACAGUGUUGGAAAAGCACCAGAUCAGCAUCACGUGUUGUGCCAAUCUAAGACAAAUGUUUACAUUCAUCCUGGCUUCAUAAAUCUGAUUCUUUUUAUUAGCGGACAGUCCAGCUGUAGAUCUAAACGUGUAUGUUCUGCUUGACGUGUGGUGAAUGCUCCCUAUUUAGUAUCUAUGAUGCCAACAGUGCUCCAGUGAUGUUAUUAUGUCCAUUAACAUGAUAAUUAAUGGAUCUCGAUGGCUGUAAAUUCCUCUGAUUUCCUGCUCUGUAAAUCUGCUGCUGUUUUUCCGCCGUACAUUCAUCAGUAUCGCACGUUUUAAGGGACAUCGCGUUCUUGUUCGGUGAAGAAAAAGGGGCUGUAACCUCUUCACUCGUGUUCAGAUGACACCACCGUUGUUCUAAAUGGGCUCAGCUGUAUUUUUGCCAAACUGUAGCCGCUGACAGAAAGCUGAAGAUGAAUCCUUCUCUGUGCCUGAUCGACUCCCAUCACACGAUAUCUUUAUAAAAUGACUUUAAAGUGGUGGAUUGUCUCUGCUGGAACUAGUACAGAUUAUGUGAAAGAAUUGAAUAUUAUUUGCUAAUUUUGUGAGGACACCUUUUUAUUUUCUGGACAGUUAUCAUCAUUAUAUUGCCAAAAACUGUGUUGAAUCUGUGAAAGGUUGGGGAUUUCUGUUCUAAAGUGCUCUGCGUCCUGAUCUGAGGAGGAAACAUCCAUGUUCCAAUGAAAAGUAAACUUAUUGGAGCAAAAGUCUGCAUGCAGGGAAGCACUUUAGAAGAUUUACAUGAACUGCAAUUAUCCUACUGAAGAUGUUAUUUCUAAUGCGCUGAUCACCUGGUUUCUUAGCUGCUCGGUCACUCUGAGAAUCUGUGCAGAUGUUCACGGUUUCCAGACGACGAAUCCUCAUUUGGUUUCCGUUUGUGCUGCCAUGAGAUUGACAUUUUUCACUGACUUUAAAACAUCCAAACUGUUCGAUGCAUUACUAAAUCACUAAAAAUGAAUUGUAACGAUGCCGAUUCUUUGACCUUUAAUCAGAACAGAACAAAGAUCUCUGCAGUGCUGGAGGAUUUCAUUCUGCUUUAGGGUAAAAAUACGCUCUUGUUUCUGUUUUUUAAGCCAAUCCAAAUCAUCUUGGGUGCUACUAAGCCCAGGAUGCAGUGAUGGUGCCCCUAAAUGGAAACUGGUGAAAUGUUAGGGAACGUUUGCACGCAGGAAACUGUCACUGAAUCGGCGAAUUCACUGAAAAAACAAGCAGAGAUGCCUUGUUUCACAAAAUUCUCAGCUAAACUUUUUCAUUGUGUAGGUUGCUGUUCAUAGGUUGUUUUGUCGUUUUCUGUUGGCUUUUACCCGUAAUCAACAUUUUAAUUGUUGUUUUAAUGUUGUUUGGUUUACGAUUAAAAGCCUAAGUAUAAUAUGGAACAUUUCUUUAUAGAAAUACAUCAUUGUCAGAUGCAGAUUCUGUUCACUUGUGCACUCAGAUUGUCCUAAAUGUCUCCAACAAACCCAGAGAUGGCUGAUUGGUUAGAUUAUUUUGAUACCAGCGCCGGGCUGCUGUGCCUCGCUACAAUAAGACAGAAGUACAGAAGCUUUUUACUGAGAGCCUGUUGUGAUCACAUGACACAAAUUGCCUUUAAAUUUCUGCUGUUUCCCCUCAUAACACGACAGAAUAGUCUAAAAGUCUGUUUACCGAGGUAAUCUUGUCUAAUCUGUUCUCGUUAUUUCAUAAUUCAUCUCUGUCCGUCUGUUUGUGUGUGUGUUUUCUCUGCUGGAUGGAAGUGGGCAGGACAGGAAUCAGCGGUUGCAUAAAUCUGACAUUUCACAAUCGGCUUCUGAAUAUGACGGUUGGGUUGCUUGCUUAAGUUGCCAGGCAGCCAUCAGUCAGAUCUGACCAAACAAUACCCGCAGUGUCCUCACUCUGAAUGUCAGACUCAUAAAUUAUGUCUCAGAAGCUUUAAUGCUCCUGAGAAGUCCUUCAAACUAGGUUUUAGAGGCUUUAAAUGAAGACAAAUGUGAAAUUCUCACUGAAAAAGCAAAUAUAAUGUCAACUAAAAUAUGGCUGCUUCGUGCAUGUUUCCUGCAGACAUCUGAACAGGUGAAGUUUCUUUCAUGUUUUGGUGUGUUUAGUUGGAAUAUUGCGGUUCAUGUAAACUGGGAUAUGAAGGUUUGUGUCGUACGAACUGCUCCAAACUCCACUCGACUACCUCCGCCGCCUCCUCCCCAAAGGGCAUGUAAAGCAUUUACACUCCUGUGUUGUGACAUGUAUGCACUGUGAUCGCAGACGAUGAAGUUCAUUUAUUCUCCAACAAUAAACCUGGUUGUAAAAUCC